AUGAUCUGUAGGCCAAUAAAUCCAGCAAGGAGCCUGCUUCGGGCAGAUUCUUUCAUUCCAGCCUCAUCACUCCAUCGAAUCCCGUAUCGCUCGUAUUCAUCCCCUUCCACCAAUGUUGAUGAUCGUCCGUUAGCUGGUAUAAAGGUUGUGGACCUUACUAGGGUGUUAGCUGGUCCAUUGGCUACUAUGAUGCUGUCGGAUCUAGGAGCCGAUGUAAUAAAGAUUGAGACGCCCAAACAUGGGGAUGACACACGAUCAUGGCUUCCACCUUCAGCUUCAUUCCCUCAGGAAGGGACUUACCCCAGACCCGACCUACCUCCUGAAUCAGCCUAUUUUCUCCAAGCUAAUCGGAAUAAGAGAUCGUUAACGCUCAAUCUCAAGUCUGAAAAAGGGAAAGAAAUUAUACGGAAAUUGGUGAAAGAUGCGGAUGUGUUGGUUGAGAAUUAUGUACCGGGUAAAUUGGAGAAAUUCGGAUUGGCAUAUGGACAGGUUAAAUCUUUAAAUCCUAAAUUAGUGUACUGCUCAAUUACUGGAUAUGGGUCAACGGGACCUUAUGCGAAGUUCCCAGGAUACGACGUAGUGAUAGAAGCUGAAGCUGGAUUGAUGCAUAUAACGGGUGAGAAAGGUGGUAAACCUGUCAAAGUCGGAGUAGCAGUGACUGAUAUUUUGACGGGACAUUAUGCUCAGUCGGGUAUCUUAGCUGCCUUGUUGAAAAGGGGCAAGACAGGUGUAGGGUCCAGAGUCGAAGUCAGCUUGUUCGAGAGUCAGAUCGCCUCUCUGGCCAAUAUAGGUUCCAAUUACCUCAUAUCGGGCCAAGAAGCUACCCGAUGGGGUACAUCCCAUCCUUCGAUCGUCCCGUAUCAGGUGUUUCCCACGAAAGACUCCUUCAUCAUGCUUUCUGCGGGGAAUGAUAUUCAAUUCUCCAUCCUCUGUUCGCCUAUGGUGCUGGACAGAAUGGAUUGGGUAAAUGACGAGAGGUUUGCGAAGAACUCGAACAGGGUGGAGAACCGAGAUGAGCUCGUGGGACUGAUUGAGCAGGCGUUGAGUGAAAGGACAACGGAAGAAUGGUGUGAGAGGUUUAAAGGAAAAGGCUUUCCUUUUGCCCCGAUCAACAAUAUAGCUCAAACUUUCGCUCAUCCUCAAUCAAUAGCAAGGCAGGUAGUCGAAGAGAUAGAGCACCCUCGGGCGGGUAAAAUCAAAUUGGCAGCUGCGGCCACCUCGUACGACGGCAUAAAACCCAAGCUAUAUCGGCCUCCUCCUUACUUGGGCCAACAUACCGAUGAGAUCUUGACGGAGCUUGGCUAUGAGGAGCAGGAAGUGGAGAAGAUGAAGGAAGAGGCGGUGGUGUGA